AUGAGCCCGUCCGGCGGAAAAGCGGUGAAUCCGUUGUGUGAUAAGCUUAACAUCAAUGGCGAUCACUACAAUAUUACGCCGAACCCUUAUAAAUGGGACGCUUUAUUCCGCUGCUGCACUACGUUUUGCUUCAACCCAGCAAGAAAAAAGAGUUUACUUCGACUAGUAGAUGGUAUGGAUGUUGUUAAAAAAAUGGAAAAUUUGGGUUCUAAAAAUGGAACACCAUCAAAGAAAGUUAUUAUUGCAGAGUGUGGUGAAAUGGAUAAAACUGUGGAAAUUUUAAAGCCCAGCAGCAUUAAUGCAGAA